AUGCUGCAACAGAUCCGUCAGCGUUCCGUAGAGACGGAGCUGAGUGAGAGAGGCAAGAAUAUUUCAGAAAGACUAGAGGGGCGUCAUAAGAUAGCUGAGACCCGAAGCGCUGGCUGUAGCGGCAAUAUAAGUAGUGAAGAGGAUGCGAUAUCCUGCCUUAUUGCGACUGCAUCAACUGCCACAGCUCCUAUAUCGCUUGAGAUACCAUGUGGAAAAGCAGAUGGAGAUCGCUCAAAUUUGUCCGGAACGAUAAUUACGUCGAAUAAUUGUUUUGGCAAAGCAUUCAAAUUAAGUGGUCAAUCACAACUCGCAUCAGCUCCUCCAGAAAUUCAGAUACGUGAUAGCGAUACUAAUGAAGGGAUUUCGUCGAAUUUGAGCUGCAGAGCGCUGAACACUGAUCAAGAGUCAACGGAAUAUGUAUGUGAAAACGAAGGCUAUACUAACUCCGGAAAUGAGGAGGCUGAUAUUUUGGCAAAGCUAAUAAGACCCGACCUACAUUUAGGCAUGCAGAAGCGCAGAUCACAAUCCAACCAGUAUACCGACCAAACAAGUCUCCAAGCACGAAGUCGUCCGUCUUUGAUAAGACGGAAGGGCCGAAUUAAUUCUGCUCAGGAAGAAUCAGGCUCCAGCGAUCUUUUGGAUAAGGCUGCACACUUCAGAUCUACAUGUGGUCUAACUAGCAUAGAACCGUUAGUUGCUUCUUUCGGAAUACCGCCAAUCACUACGUCCACUAAAAUGAACGAAAUUGAUGGCAUUUUCCCUUCAACCACUGUCGAUACUUCAAGCGAAAACCAGCUGCGCGUUAUACCCACAUCCUACAAUUGUAGCCGAGCUAGCCAGUCGAAUCGUGAGCUUGCCUCGUCUGCUGACUCAAAUGAUACGUAUUCUCCAAAUGAGACCGUCUCUGUUUGCACUGGUCCUCACUCGUCAUCCCCAUUAGCUAACGCCAACAAUACUAAAGCUAAAUGCAAUGUACUUGUAAUAACUCGGCAACUAUUAAGUCCGCGUUCCUUCACUAUGCUUACAGAAGCUGGUACCAAGGAUGUAGGCGCUAAGGAAAAGCUGCUACCUACUCCAACAUCGGCAUCAACUGCAACUGCCUCCUCUUCGUGUGGAAUAGAAUCUACAGGAUCGAGCAAAAGUACAGGAAAGCAGAGCUUGACAGGGGCCGGUACUGCCGCUAUACCUGCGGCAAACAGUAGCAGUGGGAUGGCAAAGCGACGCCCUCUAGAACAUCAAGCCUCUUCGCCACAGCGUCAGUUUGUAUCGGCGCAUUCCACGUCUACAUUUCUUUCCAACUUGACUGCUAGUCGACCGGCUGCUGCUACUGGCUUCCUGGGUUUGGCUAGUGCAGCUCUGGCUGCAGCCCGAGCCGGAAGUCCAAUCGGUGUUUCGGUGAGCCAACGAUCUGUGGCCCCAGUUGCAACAUCCCCAAUUGCCACAGGAGGCUAUUUAAGCGAUCGAGGGGCUGGCCCCUCAGGAGUAAGACUUUCUGGCCGACUGAUGACCACUGGCCUUCCUGAAACAUAUUGUCCCAGAUGUUGUUGCAGUUCAGCCACAGCUUCGGAUUACCAUCACUCCUUUUUGCGUUGUCCGGAGCUGUCGCCCAGUCCUGGAGGUCAAGGCCAGUUCUUGCUUGUGCCUGAUGCUGGAAUAUAUAAUAAAAACGUACUCAUGUCACCGACUGGUCAGAUUACACAACGCCGAUUCUCCGAUUCAACGACUAUGGGACUCCCAUUGUCACUUAGCCAGGGGGCCUCAGCAACCAAUGCUAAAGGCAAUGAAAGCAGGAGAAGAGCAGUCGACCGGCAAGAUGGGAGACCAGAUUGUAUGGUUUCGCAUGCAUCGUCUAGGCUGCAUGAAGCCGGUGUUGGACUGCACGCCCCUGAAAUGUGGUGUCCCAAUUGCCUUCCAUCGGGAGCUAAUGGGUUGAACUAUGCCUGGUAUUUGGCCGCCAACGCUAAUGCAGAGACAAUUGCCACUCCGAUAGUCGUCGGGUCAAAUAAGCCAGUAGCUUUGAGAGCAGACGAUCCUCGAGGGCAAAGCUCUGAUUAUAGGAUUAGCCCUUUGCUAGGCCAAAAAGUUUGUGAAUCCCACUUGAAUCCUGAUAUUUACUCCAACUCGGGAGACGAAAGAGCCCUACUUCUAUGCCCCCUACGAGUUGGACCACAUACACAUUUGUGUUUAAGUCAACCUGGAACUGCAGCCUUGAUGACUAACAGCAAAUCAUGUAAUCUGUUCUGUCAUGUAAACUUAGACGGUGAAUACGCCGCUGACGGGAAUGACCUGAAUGAACCAGCAGCGAUGAGUGGCCAAGCACGGAGUGAGUUGACUCCAAAUGCCCUGCUGUAUUCAACCAACUCUGUCGCCCCUAUCGCCAAUACUUGUAGUCUCCCUACUGCACUUUCCUGUCCAUAUUCGGAGCAAAUGAUUUCAGGACCCCAAUAUAAAUCUGACGCAAUGGCGUCGGACACAUGUGCCUGUCCAAGGGCGUAUUUAUACUACCCACCGUCAUCAGUACUUCCAGCAUCAGCAUUUUUGGGACGCGAAAGGAAAGCUGUAGGUGUGGGCUCAAUUGGUUUGGACAUUAUGCGAGCAAACGGGGCUGUAGCAGGUUAA